AAUCCAGCCUUGCCAACGCUUCUUUAAGUGCCGUAUUCGAGAGUACAAUCGCUUAAGGCUACGCGCACAUGGAAUAGUCAUCGGUUGCACGCGUUAUCAGCCGGCUGCCGUACAGCACGAAGGAGGCACCGAGACGAGAAGCUAUUAUUAGCCCUGCGAGCGGCCCUGUCCGCGACCAUCUUCCACGAUUGAUAUUACUUCGGCUUACUUAUCGACUGGCACCGGUGCGCUGAUAGACUUGUGUACGACGCCGACUAGAUCAGUGUUCCUUCGGCUGCUGCUCGUCCGGACGCGCUCGGAGACGAGCGUCUUUAUCGUUUGUCGAAUGAGUUGCGUCUGAAAAGCGACCGUACCGAGCUCCGAAACCAAUCGAUAAUCGACCAAGCGAUCCUCGGCUGGCUACGUUCUUCGAGAAAUUGAUCGCCUCCUCUUCUCCGGAUGGUGAUCGAGUGGGAGCAGCUUCCGAGAGGCGGAAGCCGCUGACUGGGCGUUGGCCUCUGUACUCGAUGGGUUGAGAAAACGGGCUUCAGUUUUUUCCGAGUUGAGUUGUUCCGAGAAACCACCGAUGAGCCAUGCUGAAGGUCGUGGGCGCCUCUUGGCUGCAGACUCGCAUCUCCACCUACAUACUCGUCGCCGUCGCUCUCCUCGGCGUCGGCGCUAUCAUCCUCGGCGAGUACGGACGCGCUAAGAAUGACGGCACGUACUCAGCGACCGUCUGGUGGAAGCACAGAUCCGGAUACCGCAUUGACUUUUGGGGCCAGGGCAACGACUUGGAGUCGCUGCCGAGAGGGGUGGCCCGUGGCUACUACAAGACUGGAAUCUACGAAACUGGGUGGUCCACCAUCGAGAUCGAGACGUCGUCGGAAUACCCGGACGACGUGCAGGCGUACGCGGCUGGUCUGCUGGAGGGCAGCCUGACCUGGCAGCUGAUUUACCACCACUGGCACAACACCGUGAGGCCGGUGUGCGUCUCGAGGGCCGCGCUCUGCUACAAGAUGCGACAAUACCUGCGCCAAAACGCGGCAAGCGCGCGCGAGAAGGCCGCCCUGUUGAGAGCCGAGGAUCCCUACUGGCACAUGGUGCACCUGUACUACGAGCAGCUGAACGGCCUGGCGGAGGGCUGGAGGUUCGCGGUGCAGCGCCGGGGUCAGGACGCGGAGAUCAAGCCGGACGACUUCCUCUGGAUGGCCCUGGCCCCGGACCUGCCGGACCUGGAGCUCGCGGGCAACGGCUCGCGACCGCACGCCGCCGCGGACGGCAUGCUCGUGCUCAAGGCCAUCGAGCACGGGCCGCGCGGCCCCCUGGUCGGCCUCGCGCACAACACCGCCACGCCCUACGCGCGCAUGCUGCGCCUCUUCAAGCGCUACAAGUUCGCCUACCAUCUGUCGCCGGCGGGCGGCGCGUCCGCGGCGCCCGGCCAGGCCGUGGCCAUGAGCUCCUACCCGGGCGCGCUCUCCUCGCAGGACGAGAGCUACCUGGUGGAGGGGCCUCGCGGCGAGCUGCUGCUGGCGGGCACGCCGCUCGCGGCCGCGGAGCCGCGGCUGUGGGGGGGCCGCCUGCAGGCCGAGGACCGGCUGCUGUCGGCCGCGCGGCUGAUGGCCGCCAACCGGCUGGCGACCGACGGGCUGGCCUGGGCGCAGCUGCUCGAGCGCCAGGCGGCCGCGGGCGGCGCCGCCGGCCGCCAGUGGCUGGCCGUGGAGCCGCGCUACGGGCGCGUGCGCCUGGUCGAGCAGCUGCCCGCCGGCCCGACGCAGCACUCCGACCGCAGCGUCGAGUUCGCGCGCCAGGGCUUCCUCGGCCUGGCGGGCGCGCCGCUGAGCGAGGCGGCGCGCGGCCCGCCGGGCGCGCGCGCCGCCGCGGCCGCGGCCCGGGCCGCGCAGCUGGCCCUGCUGCAGGCCAACGUGAGCAGCGUGGAGGCGCUGCGCGAGCUCAUGCGGGGCCCCGGGGACGCGGCGCUGGCCCAGCUGCUGGCCUACCGCGGCGACCUGGCGGCGGUGCCGCGGCCGCACGGCGUCGUCGACUCCAAGCUCUUCCUCUUCGACCUCAGCGGCGUGCUGGCGUUCGAGGGCCGCUGCGGUCCGCCGCGGCGCCCCCACGCGCCGGCCUUCGACUGGGCGGCCAGCUUCCCCAACAGCUCGCACCUCGGACAGCCGGAGGUCUUCGCCUUCGACAGCUUCGCGCCCCGGUGGGUCUGGCUCUGAGCGCUCCGAGCCCCGUCUUCCACGCCUCUGCGGCGCCUCCAGCCGAGGCUCGACCGGCCGCCGAGUUGCACGCUCCGCCAAAUUUAUCAUCUUCCAACGAACCAAUCUUCGCAGCUCGUACUUACUGCUGGAAUAUUCCGAAAGUGCAAUGCCAAAAUUAUCAACGACAUCGUCUCUGCGAGUAUCCGCUCGUUGGUCGCUCGUCCUAUAUUGGAUCGAUAUGUUCUACCAUUUGAAUUCAUCAGUGCGCACAGUUUCCUUUCUAAACAUCAUGCUUACUCCACGUGUUAAGCAAUGACAAGACGACUUAAUCUUUUACGAAUUGAGGAAGUUGCAUCGUUUAUUUUAUAAGAGGUAAAGUUGGUUAAAAGUAUAUGUGUCGAGCCUUAUCAAAUGCUUUUACACUCAUUUAUAAUUUACUAUUGUAAAAAGUACAAUUCUUUUACUUUGCAACUGAAUCGAUGUACAAGCGCAAUAAUUGGAUCUAUUCAUUGUGGGUAAGAGGCUUUCUAUACAAGGAGACAUCGGGCAUCGGACGUGUACCGAGAUUAUUAUUUGCUUAACAUCUGGAUGUGUCCGUGAUUGCGCACGGUGCCAACAAUUAUAACGAAUAUACAUCUAUGAUAUUGACUUUAUUGACACAAUAAUAUAUCAUUCAACUGUCUUUUUUCACCGUGAGCACAAAGGUGUAAAAAUGAAUUAAUUACUCUUGACGUUGAUUCGUAAAAUAUAAAUAAAUGUUCUACAUUUUUUUUUAACCCACGCACAUUCCUUUGGUAAGUUAAUGACUAUAACGAUCAAUUUGUUUUUUACCUCAGUAUUUGUUCAACAUCCGAUAUCCGAUGACUCUUAUGAAGAAAGUCGCUAAAACUUUUCUCAUACAUAAAUCUACGUUGAAGAAUGUUAAUCACUACAACUUUCUCAAUCUUCCAUACAACAUAUAUCUUUGGUUUCUUGUUUUCGGGAUUCUACUGCGCUGAAUCACGAUAGUUUUUUUGAAAAUAUAU